CCGUACGUGACGAUCAGCCGUGUGGCAGCACUGAGGUCGCGAGCGAACGUCCGCUUCGCGUCGUCGUCGUCGCCGCCGCCGCCGUCGUUGUCAUCGGCAGGUGGCGCGUCGUAAGCGCGUCCGGAGUGUAUCUCAAUGGCCGCCCCGAUCGUUCGUUCAUCGCAAUAGCCGCUGCCGCCAAACGAUCCGUUUUGUCACCGUUUCCCGACGUCGUCACGCAAAACUCUCGGUCGCCGUCCGUUUGCCACAGACCACAAACACCGAUCGGUGACGACGACCAUUGACGGGCAAAAGAUUCGGACACGUCUCGUCGCUCAACGACACACGCACCGGAACGCCCAGCACUAUCUCGUGAUCAACACUGAACGAGAUCCGGUCUAGGAGACUACUCUAGACGGCCGGACGUAAGUGGCUGCCUCCAGACAGGCGUUUUCAACUACGAGCCGUGUUAUUGUUGUAGAUUGUUCGUUAGUAACCAUGUCGGUUCCUAGUCAGUUGAAAAUUGACAAUUGGGGUAAUUUUUUUAUGCAGCGCCUCAAUAACUUAGCCAAAAAAGAUGAAUACUGUGAUUAUACCAUUCGUUCAACGUCAAAUGAAUCUUUUAAAGUCCAUAGAGUUGUUUUAAAUACGUGUUCAGAUUACUUUGUUUCCCAUCCAAGUUCUGACAAAACAAUGACUAUGCCUGCACAUCUUGACUUUGAUGCAGUAAAGAGUGUUAUCAUGUUUAUGUAUACUGGACAACUUCAUUUUACUGAAGACAGCCGUAUGAGUUUAAUUGAAGUGGCUGACAUGUUACAGGUGACUGUGUUACUUAAGCUUCUAGAGUCACAAAAUGGAGCAAACAAAUUUACUCCUAAGUAUCAUUCUCCACAAGCUUCAUCAUCUAGAACUCAUUCAGCAAUUGCACUAAAUCAAUAUAGACCUGCAAAGAAACCUACCACUCCAAAUAAUUUGACCUUUAGAUCACCACCAGAACACACACCUGCAUCUACGUUUAUUAAUACAAUGAAAGUUAAAGAUGUUUUAAGUGAAAAUAAACCAAUGCGAUUUGAAUGUGAAGCCGAUGAUGUACCUGAGUUUAUAGAAAACACUUUUGAAUUACCCAAGUAUGAUAGUGCACCUUUAAUUAAACAAGAAAAUUGUGAUAGUGCAAAAGCAAUGCUCAAAAGAGCUUCCAAUGGAGAAUUGAUUGAUAAGAGCUUGGACAAAGGUUAUAAAACACAAGUCAUUAAAUGUGAGACUCAAAAUGUAUCAUCAUCACCAGCUGGCAAAAAAUUGAAAAUUGUUAGUGAUACGGACCCAGAGAAUACCAAUAGCAAAGUUGUGCAAGAAAUCUUAAAGAAAUACCCACAUUUAUUGCAAAGUAAAGGUAACAUUAAAUUAAAAAUUAUGUCUAGUACUAAUCAAAGCCAGUUUGAAAGUAUAAUUAUCAAUACUCCUAAUUCAGUUGAAAAGAUUUUACCUGCUGGAAGUGGUGUUAAAAAACCAAUUACCACUCAUAAAGUUAAGCCAGAUAUCAUGAACACCAAUGGCCCUUGGUCUUGUAAUCUUUGUGGAACUGACACCAAUCCAUUGAAAUUGGAUUCUUAUUUUAUAUACAGGAGACAUUUGGUAGAAAAACAUAAUGAGAAAGAGGACACUAGAGUUUGUGAACACUGUGGACACUUUUCUGUGCGCAAAAGCCUACAAAUACAUCACAUGUACACAAAACACAAAAUUCAGCCUCCUGCAGAUUUCAAGUUUCCUCAAUGUGACGAUUGUGGAUUUGUUGCUACAACUGAAGUUCAUCUAAAACGACAUAAAGGUUUGCAGAAAUGUGGUGGUAAGCCACAAACUAAAACAGAAUAUGGAACUUAUACGUGCACUGACUGUGACAGAACGUUCCGCUCAAGUCUGAUGCUGAAGGGACAUUUGAGGAAUUUCCAUAAAGUCGAUAACAUUGCCCCAUCAACUUCGUCGACCAAAGAGUUAUUGAUUUCUGUUAUUGAUAAUAUACCACCUGGGGCCAAAGUUUUAGCGGAAAAUAAUAUUAUUAAUGAAACUGACGAUCUUGUAAAAGGUGAUGAAGUCAUUUAUAGUGAAGAAACUACAGAAGUAGAAACUGUCACAUUGGAAGACGCUGAACAGGUACUUGAAGAAAAUGAUGAUGAUUGUAAAUCCACUACUGUACCAGUUGACAUCACAGAAGAGUGGGAUGAUUUUGAUGACGUAGAUACGAACAAAAAUGAAGAAUCUGACAAAGAAGAAGACAACAGAGAUGCUAAACCUUGUAGAAUAGAGUUGGAGUGAGUCAAAAAUAAAACUAUAUUAUUAAAAUAUUAAGAAUAUUGUUUUACUUUAAUAAAAUUUAGUAUUUGUUAUCUUCCAAUAACAUAUUUAAAAUGUGUUCAUACUUUUCUUUUUGCUAAAUAAAAAAACUAUUUAUCUGAAUAUUAAAUUGGUACUAAAGCUUAAAAAAGAUUAAGAAAUUAUUUAUUUAUAUAUUGUAAAUAACUAUUAUUUACUAUUUAAACCUUAUAAUUAUAUUAAAAAUAUUAAUUUAUAAGACACCUUUGUAGUGGAUGAUAGGUACUAAUAGUUUUUUAGACAGUGAUUAUAAUAUUAGCAUUUUAAUAAUCGAGAACAAUUAUUUCAAUACCAUAUUACAUAAUAUGUAUAUAUCGUGUAAUACAUUAUAAUAACGCAAUUAAUAAAACUUUUAAGAAAUGGUAUGGCACAGUAUUAAAUUAAUAUUCAAUAUUUUAUAAGUUUAAACGUAUCAAAAAAUGUGAUAUUUUUGUAUAUAUAUAGUAAGUGCUGCUUACCUAUAUUAUUAAAUUAAUUUAGUUUAUAAUAAAUUUAAUUGUAAAUCAAUUAUCAAAAUUUAAUUAUCCAAAAAAAAAAAAAAAUAUGUAUCAAUAAAUAAUUUAUUUUUCUGUGUGUACAUAAUGUUAAAUAUUAAAUAAACUAUUAUUGUGUAUUAUAUUUAACUUAAUAAAUAUAUUUAAUUAGGUAUUUUGGUUAACAGAGUAUAAAAAAUGUGAAAUUAAAUAAUUUAGCAUUAGUUAAUUUCAUAAUAAUCAUUUAAUUUACUCUAUAUUUCAAAAUAGUUUUUUUUUUAUCUAGUCAAAUUAUUAUUAAAUAACUAAGAACUAGAUUUUAAAUAACAAUUUAAUAUUAUUAAGUGCUCAUGUAAUCAUGUAUUGUGUAUGUAUUUUGUUUAGUACAAAAAUUGUUAAUUUUCCAUAAUAAAAAAAAAUCAGUUUAACUAUAAAAGCUAAUAUUGGUAAAUCUGUUCUAUAAUGUCAUGGAGUACAAUGUAUGAACCAGUUAAAUGUUUAAGAAUUUAUAUGACAUUAGAUAGAUUCAGGUGUAAAGCAAAUAAAUUGAAUGUCAAAUUUUUAGCACCAAUCAUGUGUGUAUUUGAAGAAACCCAUAUUUAUAUGGUACAUGACACGUGUUAGGUAUAAUGUAUAUUAUAAAUUAAUACAUACAUACCAUCAUAUUAUGCUUAUUAGUUCUAAUAAAUACUAAUAAGAACAUCACAAUACAGUAUACAAAAUCAUAAUAUAAAGUUAUUAAUUAUUAUAAGUAA